AUGACCAAUCUAGCACCUAUCCAACAAAAUAAUGUUGAAUUUCCAUUCGCUAAAAGGUGGUCUUCGCUUGGAAUGAAUUAUGACAACUGUCCACACUACAGUAUCACGCAGUACAGAAAUCUUAUUGAUCACUUGGGUCAAGAUGAUUUCAUUUGGCGGUCGUAUCUUGGUCUAGAAGCCUUUCAUGAAGUUGAACGACAAGACUCUGCGGUGUGGAGUGCAAAGGUGCCAAUUAUCAACUUCACCACCGUGGAAAUGCACAACACUGAUCGUGUGAAACUUCAAUUUGGAAUGCUUCAGGAUAUUCCAUGUCCACCAAAGUGCAUCCCCGACAAAUAUCACACCGGUAAAGUCUCCGACCAAUGGGAGUAUAAUCCGUGGACCAAGUAUGCAAAACACGAGUGUCGUGAAUGGAGGCAUCGCAACAACUAUGUUUUAUCUGACACUGUGUUUCCAUACAAGAUGAAACAAUCAAUACAAUACAUGACUUGGUAUAGGUCUGUAUCAAUUGGUUUCAUUUCACAUCCAAGCCAACCACCCCAAAAUAACUAUGAAGGCAUGGGCAACUCUUUUGAUUUGGAUGACUUUACGGAUAUGGAUCCGUCUUCAUGGGCCGAAGUGAUUCAAUUGCUUGAAGAAGACACAAUGGACCCGACUCUAUAA